AAAAAGGGUAUUAACAAAACGCUAAAGAAGAUUUGUUGAGAUUUUACACAACAGUGAUUGAUAGUGAAGUCAGUAGAAGAAGUUCUGUCAAUAUGACAUCUUUAACUUGUAGUUUGAAGUAAAGUUGUAAGAUUUCCUCCCACCCGGUAGAUGGAAACAGUGUUUCCUCUCUAACCCCUCGCACGCAUCCUGCGAGCAUGCACACACAGCUCCUGUCCUGCAUUAUUAUUACAUUGUGACUAAAUUUUUUUUUUUACAGUGAAACAUUGAGACUUUCUGACUGCAAGAACUCGUCAUCUGCUGUGUUAGGAGUCUACAGAAAUCUGAAACAAAACAAAAAAAAAAAAACAUGUCGACAGUCUUUUCUUUCCAGACACAGCUCGUCUCCAUCAUGGACGCCUUAUCCAAAACAGCUGUAAUGGAAAUAAGCAAACUAGUCGAGAUCGAGUCGAAGAUGCUGAAAAUAGAGAUAACUAGAGGGCGGAACGAAAUCGCCUCCCUCACAGAGAAACUGCAGCUGAUGGAGAAAUUGCUUUAUAUCGCACAGGGGAGCAGACAGGACGCAGUAGCAGCAACAGCAACAUGCUCAGUGGUGAGGGACGAUUCACAAAACGGAAUAUUGGAACCUGACAGGACAAGACCUGCCAUAAAAAGUGAGAGCCCAUGGGAAAACAUAAGUUCUUCCACUGAGACCAGCAGUUUGCAUCAAGGCGAAGAGCAUUCUGCAGCUGAGUUGACAAAUCCACUGAAAGAGCAGCCUGAACUGAUAGUGAUAAAGGAGGAGCCGUCAGAGGAGGAAAAUAGAGACUCUGAACAAGAUAGGACAAGUGAAAACAGAAGGGAAGUGCUCACAGACCCUCAGAAGAGUCCAGAAGUGAUCCAGCGUCUCAAACCCGUUUCCGAACAUCAGCAGCCCAUGUUUACUGACAGCUUCGUGACCCUGAGCACCCAGUCGUCUCUCACCGGACCAGGAAGGAGAGACACGCAGUGGAAUCCACAGCUUACGACCGUGCACACAAACGUAGAGGCUGGGAAAAGCUUGCCUCCAAAUGUUGCCUCCCAAAGCAUAAGCGUGCUCAGGAAUAUGAAGAUUCACAACCUGAGGAGCUCAGCUGCCAAGAGGUUCGGCUGCCUGCAGUGCGGCAAGAGCUUCAGGUGCUUUAGCCAGCUCGAAAUACACCAGAGAAGUCACACGGGAGAGAAACCGUUCAGGUGCACGCUGUGUGGAAAGAGAUACGCACAAAAAGGGCACUUAUACACACACCAGCGCACGCACACCGGGGAGAAGCCUUAUCGCUGUCCUAUUUGUGGAAAGGGCUUCAUUCAGAAAUGCACUCUUGAUAUGCAUCAACGUACACACACCGGGGAAAAACCUUUUGUCUGUAUCAAAUGUGGCAAGGGUUUCACAAAGAACUGUAAUCUGAAAAAACAUCUCACGGUUCAUCUUGAUCCUAAUUUGCAUGUGUAUGGUAGUGAAUCUGGUGCGUCGACAUUUAGUGGGACGUUCAUAAAUGGAACCACUUAAAAACACUGUAGCCAGUCACAUGUAACUUCUUCAGCUGCGUGAUUGAAAUAUUUUGUGCAUAAUAAAGCUACCCGUGCCCCAGA